AUGGAGGACAAGCGGAGUGAUAAUGCAGAAGAGGGUGUUAAAGAGAGAAAGCGACUCAGUGAUGGGGUUUAUGUAAAGGGUAAAGUAGAAGGAGUGGAGUUGUUGUUUACUGCAGAUACAGGUGCAGCAAGGUCAGUGCUGUCAUCUAGAAUAUAUAGGAAGAUAGAAGAGAGCCAGAGACCAAAGUUAGCGAAGUGUGGAAGUCUUCGUGGGGCCAAUGGUUCGCCAAUAGCAGAAUUAGGCAAAGCAGAAUUCAGCAUCACCGUAGGGUCGUACGAGAUGGUGCAUGAGGUUGUGGUCGCUGAUAUCGAGGACGACGCCCUUUUAGGGUUCAACAUAUUAAGGGGAAGUGAAAAGGGACCAGCUGACUUACUGUUAAGCAAGGGGAUGAUAGUAUUAGAUGGCGUUGAAAUCCCUUGUUUACAAGUUGGUAGAGCAGAGGCGCUUGUUGAUGUAUAUGUUGAAAGGGAGAAAGUCGAUGAUUUUGACAAGUAUGCUGAGUACCUGGUAGAACCCAGUGAAAACUUCAGACAGAGGUAUCAGUUGGUAAUGGCAUCAUCGCUGGUUGACAUCAACAAAGGCCCGACUUGUAAAGUCAGAGAACUUAACCCAUUUCCGACGGAGGUGAGACUACAUCAAAAUGCCCACAUAGGAGGGGCUGAACAAAUAGAGAAGAUCAAUGAGUGGGACAUCGGACUCACAAACCUAGCUGAACACCCAAUUGACACCGGCUAUGCCACACCCAUUAAGCAAAGACCGAGACGCGUCCCGCUUGCGUUUGCCUCAGAAGAAAAAGCAGCUAUAGAUGAUCUGUUAAAAAAGAUGGUACAGGACUGUCUAGACGCUGUUGCAGGUGUAAGCCUGUUCAGCUCGUUCGAUUUAACAAGUGGAUACUUCCAGAUCCCCUUAAAGAAAGAAGAUAUUCCGAAAAGUGCCUUUACCUGUAAAUACGGCCUCUUUGACAUGAAACGGAUACCAUUUGGUCUCAGCAAUAGCAGCAGCACGUUCCAGAAAACGAUGGAAUUAGUAUUGCAGGGUUUGCAGUGGCAAACGUGCCUAGUCUAUAUCGACGAUAUAAUUGUAUUUGGAGCAGACUUUUCAGAACAUAUACAGAGAGUUGACGAGGUACUUGAUAGGAUAAAACAGGCUGAUAUGAAGUUACUACCAGACAAAUGUCAUAUGCUUCAAACGGAAGUAGUUUUCUUGGGGCAUGUAGUGUCUAAAGAGGGUAUACGACCGGACCCUACUAACAUAGCAAAGAUUGCCGAAUGGCCAAGGCCUACAACACCAAAGCAAAUUAAACAGAUUGUAGCCACUGGUUCGUACUAUAGGCGCUAUAUCAGGGACUUUGCAAAAGUUGCACGACCGCUUAUUGAGUUGACCAAAAAAGAUGCCUGUUUUGCUUGGACUGAGGAGUGUGAGAAAGCAUUUAUGACAUUAAAGAAGAAGCGAACAGACGCAGAUGUGAUGGGAUUUCCCCUCAACGAAGGUGGCGAGUUCUAUUUAGAUGUAGACGCUUCAGGUACUGGGAUAGGGGGUGUACUUUCACAAGUGCAGUCUGAUCAAGAGAGGGUAAUAGCUUAUGCCAGUAGAUCGUUAAACAAAGCCGAACGCAAUUACUGUAUGACCGAGCGCGAGCUACUUGCAAUUGUAUACUUUACGCAGUACUUCAGGCAGUACCUUCUUGGGCGGAAAUUCACCGUGAGGAGUGACCAUCAAGCCCUUAUUUGGCUGAAAGAGCCAAACGGGAAAAUAGCCCGCUGGAUAGAAAUCCUGGCAUCUUUCAACUUCUCAAUUGAGUACCGGCCAGGUAAACUGCAGCCUCACUGCGAUGCAUUAUCUAGGUGCGACAGUCCGAGGGAUUGUGAUUAUAGCGAAGUUUAUAUGAGCGAGCCGCUGAAGUGUGGUCAUUAUAAUAAAUGUAGACGUCGAGCCGAGAUUAUGGUACUUAACUGGAGGAAAGGUGAGGACUCACAGGAAAACAACGUGGACAGCAGUGGUGAGGAAAACAGUGAAGCUUUAUCCUGUGCAAGAAAAUCAGAAGUAGCCUCAAGUCAGGUGAGGGAGGUCAACACUGAUGAACCUAGAGCUGGCACAAGCAGUGAGUCCACAGACUGGACAAUGGUAGGAGCAGGGAAAACAACAGCAGAGCUGAGAGCGAGACAGCUUGAAGAUUCAGACAUAAAGCCAGUUCUCGAGGCCAAGGAGGAGGGUAAAAAACCUGCGAAGGAACGGACAGACACUAUGAGCCCAUGUUGUAGACAUUACCUUCUGUUGUGGGACCAGCUGAAAGUAGCAGAUGGUGUGCUUUUGAAGGAAUUCAUAAAGAGAGAUAGGUCAGGAACUUAUGGACAAGUAAUUGUACCAGAAAAGGUGAAAAGAGAGAUACUACAGUCUAUGCAUGGAGGACUAUUGGCUGGUCUGAUGGGAACAAAGAAAACUAAGGCUAAAAUUCUCCAAAGGUUUUACUGGUUCAAUCUAAGAGAAGAUGUAAAACUGUUUAUCCGUCAGUGUGACAUUUGUGCUAGGGAUAAGAAACCACCUAAACCCCCCAGAGCUGCUAUGGGAUCAGUUAGGACUGGUGCCCCAUGGGAUGUGUUAGCGACUGAUUACUUAGGCCCUUUUCCCAUAACCCCUAGAGGAAACCGUUAUAUCCUAGUGCUUACUGAUCAUUUUUCAAAGUUUGUCGAGGUAAUUGCGGUCCCAGACCAGACCGCCGAAACUUGUGCUAACAAAAUUGUUAAUGAAUUUGUUUGUAGGUGGGGAUGUCCAGUAUCAAUCCUGAGUGACCAAGGCCGGACAUAUGAGAGCAAAGUCUUUCAAGAGUUGUGCAGAUUGCUAGGGGUAAAGAAAGUGCGGACAAGUGUGCGAAAUCCUAGAUGCAACGGUCAAGUCGAAAGAUUUAACCGGACAUUAGUCCGCAUGAUCAGAGCCUACCUUCUGGGAGUACAAGAAGAUUGGGACUUGAACCUAGGAUGUUUGGCCGGAGCAUACAGGGUGACAUCGAAUGAGUCCACAAAGCUGACUCCGAAUUUGCUAACGAUGGGAAGAGAAGUGCGACUCCCGGCAGAGCUUGUGUUUGGCAGUACCACCAAUAAGUCUGAAGUACCGGUGACCAGCUAUGGUGACUAUGUUGAUGGUAUCCGGUCAAAGAUGAACCAUGCCCAUGACAUAGCCAGGAAACACAGAAGUCAGCUGCACGAAGCAAGGAGAUAUAUGACAAAAGGAUGUUGGUGA